GUUUAUAAUUGGAAUAACAAAUCGACGAAAAAGUUAAACAGUUAAAUUAAGCAAACAAAUUAAAGGCUGACAACAUUUUUUGGAAUAUGAAUGAACCAACAACAAUGACAAAGGACCCAAUAAGGGGAACGCUGACAAAAUUAAUUAAACAUUCGAACGCAACGUUUAGUGCAGAUGAUGUUUUAAGGGAGUUUCGCAUCACCAAGGAGAAGCGUAACAAUCGUAAAUUGUUGAAAAUCUUGGAAAUAAUAUCAAAACAUCAACCAAAAGCCAUUGAACAUUUACAAGAAGCCGCAAAAUUAUUAGAAAAAAAAGAUCCGUUUUACUGCCUGCUGAACUUUUUGAAUUACUAUUCAGACACAAAUAUCAUGCAGUCCAUGCGGAAAAAAGAUUUAUCUACUUCGACACCUUUGCUAACCAAGAAUAUUUUUGAUGCAGUCACUCCCGAAAGUGUAUCAGAAAUUAAAGAACGCGUUGUUCAAGCAGCCUCAAGUGGUUUAAGUCGUACCGCCCAAAAUAAUAAUUCCAUUAUUAAUGCAGCUCUAAUGUCUACAACUACAGCUGCUUCCACCUCCAAUCUACCCAAUUCGAUGGGAACCACUCUAUUCCCCUCCACGAAGGCUACAAAUCAUAGUUCUGAUUCGUUAUGGGAAUUCCAUAACAUUGACAACUUUCAAUUUCAACAGAGCAACAUCGCUGCUAUUCCAAUAACGAGUCAAGAAAAUCUUUUGCUGUACGAUUUAAUAUAUUGUUUGACGGGCAUGCGUGGCUCUUACAUUACGCCCGAGGGUUGCUCUAGUGUUGGCAAACAAACGUUUUCAAUGAAAUUCAAAAUUUCCGAUCAAAUUCACAGUUCUUUGCGUGAUAUUGCCCAAGAGAUUUUACCAUUAGCAUCACACUACACCUGUAUACAGAAGUUCAUACAGAAGGCUACAUUUUCCAAUUGCAGCCAAGUGUUGCAAGCUUUAAGUGAGGCAUUAAAUAAUUUAAUACAUGAUUAUUAUUUACUCUUGGCUCAAUUGGAGUCGGAGCUAAAUGCCGGUAACUUAACAUUACACAAAAUGUUAUUUUAUGUAAGGCCCACUUUAAAUACCAUGGAAGUAUUAGCAGGUGCUGUGUCGCUUAUAGUAGUCAAUGAAUUGCGCGGUGGUCAGGCUUUGACUCUGUUAUUCAAUCAAAUUAGUGCCUUGACAGGCGAUGAAGAAUCUCAAAAAUUCAUGAUACAAUUAACGCAGAGAGCUGCUGUGCCCUACAUGAAUAUUUUACAAUUAUGGAUACAAAAAGGUGUCAUCAAUGAUCCGCAACAAGAAUUCUUAGUAGAAGAUAAUGAAGUGAUAAGAAGAGAAGAAUUACCGGAGCAUUAUUCAGCGGAUUAUUGGGAAAAGCGUUACACUAUACGCCGCGAACGUAUUCCCUGCUUUUUGGAAAAAGUAUCUGAUAUUAUUUUACGCACUGGCAAAUAUUUGAAUGUCAUAAGGCAGUGUGGCAAAAAGGUGACACCGCCUCAAACAAUGAAUUUACAAUUUUCACCAACUAAUCAAAAUCAUAUUACCGUUAUACAAAACGCUUACCGUUUUGCCUCCAAAAACUUGCUGGAAGUAUUACUGAAAGAGAACGAUUUAAUGGGUCACUUAAUGUCGGUUAAACGUUAUUUGCUGCUGCACCAAGGUGAUUUUAUCACACAAUUUAUGGAUGCGUGUGAAGAUGAAUUGGCCAAAAAUGUCGAUAAAGUUUUGCCCAUGACAUUAGAAAAUUUAUUGGGUUUAACUUUACGUUUGUCGUCGGCCAAACACGAUCCGUACAAAGAUGAUGUUCACUGUGAGCUUUUGACAUACGAUUUGGUAACACAAAUGUCAAAGAUAAUGAAUAAUGAAGAAGAAUAUUGGCAAACGCAUGAUCGUUUAGAUUUAAAUGGUUUGGAAUGUUUUGCCUUUCGUUAUGAAGUCAAGUGGCCCGUAUCUUUAGUAUUAAAUCACAUUGCCAUCUCCAAAUAUCAAAUGUUAUUCCGUCAACUCUUUUAUUGCAAGCAUGUUGAGAGGCAAUUAUGCAAAAUUUGGAAAGAAAAUUCUAUUGCUAAAAAGUUUUCACCGCAGGCGGCAGAACUUUAUCGUUCGGCAUUUACAUUACGACAACGUAUGAUGAAUGCUGUACAAAAUCUUGAAUAUUACAUGAUGAUUGAAGUAAUUGAACCCAACUGGCAUAUAUUUAUACAAAAUAUGAGUAAGGUGGAAAAUGUAGAUGAAGUUCUAUCAUUUCAUCAAGAUUUUUUGGAUUCUUGCCUCAAGAAUUGUAUGCUCACGGAUACAACUGCCUUAAAUCGGUCCAUAUUUAAAAUGUGCAACAUUUGUUUGAAAUUCUGUGAAUUUAUUCAGAAAUCGCAACGUUUCUUUCUUGAUGCCGAACUUACGUGUAUGAUGUGCGAUAGUAAUGACGAGGAUAAUUCAGAUUCAGAUCAUGACUUCUCUAGUCAAAAACAGUCUGAAUCUUCUUUGGCACCGACCGAUACGUUUUCGGAGCGCGUUAAACGUUUUGAUCUUGAAUUCACCGGAUUGCUAAUUGGUCUGCUGAAGCAAAUAAACGAUGUUGCAUCGGAUAAUCCAUCAGAUCGUUUUAUUAAUUUAGUGCAUCGCAUUAAUUUCAAUUCAUUCUAUAAUGAACAAAUGGAUAAAUUAUGCGCUAAGGAUUCAAUGAUAACAACAACAACACACCACUGAAAAUAUUAAAGAAUUUUCAUUUCAACAUAUUAACUAUAAUAAAUAAUAAUGAUAAUAAAUACUCAAACUCUCAUCCCUUCUGCAACUCAACUCAACAAUUUUGCAUUAUUUAAUAUAAUUAAAUUUGAAAUGCAAUGUUUAUCUUGCCAUUUGUUUGUAGUCUUCUCCGCACAUCCAUAAUGUGGGACGUUGAAUUUAUCUACAAUUUAUGUGUAUGUACGGAGAUUGAGAUGAUGAGAAUUUUUUUAAAUUGUUUGUAUUUUUGUUGUGUGUUACUGCUGCACAAAAAAUUAUAUUAAACUGAAAUCAAUAUGAACGACUUGUAUUUAGAGGAAUGUUUCGUGUAAAACAAGUUGAAGUUUUAAAUAAAAAUAAUUGCAAAUUUUACCAACAAAA